UCUCUCUCUUUCUCCUUCCAAAGCUUUGUUGACGAUCUUUCCCUACCAACUAUAUAAAUCAUAUUACUCUUUAUUUUGAACUGACAAGAUCUGUUGCAACUUGGAACUGACUGAUGGCAUUUUCUAGAUUUCUCUACUGGCUUUCGUUUGAUUCCCGAGAAAACAUUUUCCCAUAAAGUUUUAUGGUACAACAGUAUUUUGGGUGUGUUUGUUUUGAUUGGAAACAGUUCCUCCGGAAUUUUCUGGGGAAAAAAUAUUUGUUUGUGUGAUAGCUUCUUUCUUUUUUCAUGGUCCGUUGAUUGCUCAUCAUGUCUUCAAUUGGCAUUCUACUGGAGCAUGUAAACCGGGGGCUCUUUAAUAUUUGAAUGGAAUUUUAAGUGUGAAGCUUUGCAUAAAAUCUUGUCUUACAUUUUCUGUUUGCUUUGAAUGCAAUUAUCUCCUUUCCCUUGAAGUUCAUAGUUUUUUAUGCGAUAAACUUUUCUCGAUGUUAAAAUUGUGACUGAAAUUCGCAGUGUGAGCUGAGCCUUGGAAUUGUUAAGCAGUUUCCAGCGGCUGGAUAGCUUGCCUUAGCUUCUUUUUAAUGCAAUAUUUAUCACUUGAAGAUUUUACCUUUGAAAGUAAAAGUUCAAGAUCGCUUAUAUUUGUUGUCAAUUCUAGUGCUUUAACAGUCAAUUUGUCUCUUGUUGACUAUUAUACUAUUCAUCAAUCUCAUUGAUGACUGUUUGAUAGGGAAUUGAACUGAAAAUGAAAUUUUGUUCUCCACUAGUCUGUUUCAAAUGAGUUAGUUACUCUGAGCUUCAUAUGAUCAUAUCUAUCCUUAAUUUAUGAAGCACCUCUUUGGUUUGAGUGGUUUUGUAUGAGACAAGAACAGAUAAAGAACCCAACGCUACAUUUUUCAAGAGAUAUGGGAGAGAUUGUAACUGAGAAGCAUGUCCAAUACAUUUUUUCAGUUGAAAAGAGAAAGGAUGACUUUAUAUCUGUUGCAAUGGAAUAUCUGAGAAUGAAUGGGGCAUACUGGGGAUUGACCACUCUAGAUCUUCUAGGGAAGCUUGAUGCUGUAGAUGCGGAUGAGGUUGUCUCAUGGAUCAUGAAAUGCCAGCACGAAUCAGGUGGGUUUGGUGGUAACAUUGGGCAUGACCCUCACAUACUGUAUACUCUAAGUGCUGUACAGGUUUUUGCCCUUUUUAACAAACUAAAUGUUCUUGACGUUGAGAAGGUGACUAAUUAUAUUGCUGGGUUGCAAAAUGAAGAUGGAUCAUUUUCAGGGGAUGAAUGGGGCGAAGUUGAUACACGGUUCUCUUACAUUGCUAUAUGUUGUCUCUCAAUAUUACAUCAUUUGAAUAAAAUCAAUGUGGAGAAGGCAGUGAGCUACAUUGUGAGUUGCAAAAAUUUGGACGGUGGAUUUGGAUGCACACCUGGUGGCGAGUCCCAUGCGGGUCAAAUUUUCUGUUGUGUGGGUGCACUUGCUAUAACGGGAUCAUUGCAUCAUAUUGACAAGGACCUUCUUGGGUGGUGGUUAUGCGAGCGGCAAGUUAAAGCAGGGGGUCUUAAUGGCCGUCCUGAGAAACUUCCUGAUGUUUGCUACUCAUGGUGGGUUCUUUCUAGCUUGAUCAUGAUAGACAGGGUUCAUUGGAUCAGCAAGGAAAAGCUUGUUAAGUUCAUCUUAGACUGCCAGGAUACAGAAAAUGGAGGUAUUUCUGAUAGGCCAGAUGAUGCUGUGGAUGUCUAUCACACCUUCUUUGGAGUGGCUGGACUAUCACUUCUUGAAUAUCCAGGAUUGAAGGCAAUAGAUCCAGCUUAUGCUCUCCCCGUUGACGUUAUAAAUAGAAUUUUCUUUGGAUGAUGACUGAUUCUUUUAGAUUUCCUUCUACAUUUGGUACUUUUUUGUUUCUCUAAUAAUCUAUAUGUGAACAUUGUGUUGCUAAUAUGAUAUUGUCACUUCAUCAGAAAUAUUUAAUUUUUUUGGUUUGAAUUUUACAUUUAA